AUAACAGACCAUCCAGGGUUUCAUCCAGUGUGCCUUGAUAUACAUGUAUUAAAAGUUGCCUAUUACCAGUACAGACAACAAUAUGGAGAGCACCCUGAUCAUGGAAAUGAAAGAAAUCGUUAUACGGCAUAUAGACAAUUUGUACGGUGGUGUUGGCAUUUCCUAGGGAAAGAGGUCCGUGUGGUUAUUCCGUCUCGUGUGGUACUCAAGAUCCGGACUGCCUUCCCUGAUCUGCACCAGAACUACACUGGUUUUCAUGAGGCUGACAGCGAUUGA